GCAUGUUUGUCCAAGUAUUUGCAUACAGUACCGUUUAAACUCGCGUAUGUGUUCAGGCUCAAUCAGGCUUGCCUGACGUGUGUUUGGUUGUUCAUGUGCUCACGAUCACACCGUCGCUUAACAUAGCGUGCGCGUGAAUGACUUGCGUGCUCGCGCCGCUUCCAACUCAUACUUACCUGGCAGGGGAGAUACCAUGAUCAAGAAGGUGGUUCACCCAGGGUGAGGCUCAGCCAUUGCACUCCGGUUGUGCUGACCCCUGCGAAUUCCCCAAAUGUGGGAAUCUCGACUGCAUAAUUUCUGGUAGUGGGGGACUGCGUUCGCGCUCUCCCCUGAUUUUUGGUCAAAAAUUAUUCUGAUGUUUUCGUUGUAAUGUAAAUUAGCGUGUUAGCAAGUCGUGGUAUGCUGCACUGCAUGUUUUGGUAUCGAUCAGAUACAAAGUAAAUACAGAGCCAGUAUCGCUGGUUCCGAUACUUUUGCAAAAUUAAAUAAGAUUAAUCAUCAAAUUGCUUAACAGCAAUUCUUCAAGACAUUUACGUACUUUUGUGAUGUUUCAUUUUUUAUUAUAAAAUAUUUAAAACCCACAAAAGAAUUAGGACAAAGUUUAUUGGUAAAUAGAACAUACAUUAUUAUCAUAACUUUUUUUCCAGACGCAAUAGAACAGGCGGAACAAAUCUUAAAUAAACAAAGUGAUCACUUAAAAUACUGUUCAAACACUACUACUAAAAACUUAUCCCUUCUGUGCACUUCCUUUUGUAAAAAAAUUUUUUUUUACGUCCAUAAGGCUUUGGACGACAUCCAGUCAAAAGACAGUAGUUUCAACAUCGUCACAAAAAACACAGUUAUUAGUUUCAAUACCAAAUCGUUGUGGUACAAAAUCAUUGGAUGGAUACACCCCAUUCAUCAUUUCAUGAGUAUGUCACUGCGUAGUAACGUACUAGUACAUAAGUCCAACGAACGAAUCACUCGUGGCUAACAGUACAUUCAGUUCACUUAAGUACAUUCAGUUCAGUAGUAGGCCCUGUAUAAUCGAGCUAGAAACCAGCUGACUAAAUAAAUUAACAUUGCAAAGAGGAACUAUGCAGCAAAGUUGGAAAAACAUUUACGACUCUAAAUCAGUCUGGCAUGCAUUCCGAUCGCUGACUAAUUACAAGCGACGAUCCCCCCAAGCUGAGAACAAUAGCACACUAGCCAACGACUUGAAUACCUUCUACUGCAGAUUUGAAAAGGACACUUUCACACCCCACACCCACCCAGCCGCACCACCAACCCCUAUCACACCACCGACUUCUGCGUUAACCAUCCGUGAACAGGAUGUGAGACGCAUCUUCAAACAACAGAAGAUUAACAAAGCGGCAGGCCCGGACCAUGUGUCCCCAUCCUGCCUCAAAGUCUGCGCGGACCAGCUCGCGCCAGUCUUCACUCAGAUCUUCAAUAGAUCUCUGGAACUGUGCGAAGUACCAUCCUGUUUCAAACGCUCCACCAUCAUUCCAGUCCCCAAGAAACCUGCAAUCUCGGGUCUAAAUGACUACAGGCCUGUCGCCUUGACAUCUGUGGUGGACCACCUCAAGAGCGUCACAGGUCCCCUGCUGGACCCCCUGCAGUUUGCCUACCAGGAUGAUGCAGUCAACAUGGGACUGCACUUCAUCCGAAAACACCUCGACAGUGCAGGGACCUACGCGAGGAUCCUGUUUGUGGACUUCAGCUCAGCAUUCAACACCAUCAUCCCUGAACUCCUUUCAUCCAAGCUUCUCCAGCUCAGCGUUUCACCUGCCAUCUGCCAGUGGAUUUACAGCUUCCUGACGGGCAGGACACAGCAGGUCAGGCUGGGAGAGACCACCUCAUCCACACGCAGCAUCAGCACUGGGGCGCCCCAAGCAAGCUUUCAAACACUCUGCAUCGGUUGUGAGUCGUGAACAUGCGUGCAGCGAGCUCAGCUACCGACCAUCCUUCUGCGCCCCCUGACGUUCCAGUGAAGCUCGCGCCAGCCGGCGUGACUUUUCUGGAAAGCAUCGCUGACUCCAGCCCCCGCCAGCCGGGCUUUCUGCUCACUCACCUUCCUGUUAUUGUCAUCUGAUUAGUGGAAAACGUCUUUGAGUGUCUUGAGAAGCGCUAUAUACGUUUAUUGCAUUAUUAUUAUUAUGAAAUAAAAAGCUUUAAUAAUCCCAUUACAGACACAGAGGGAAUGAUAUGUAUGUGUACGUAUAUACAUUUAUUAUUAAUUUACAUUUAUUUUAAAUAUGUGUUUUCAUGUGCUUGCACUGACUAAAAAAUUAGCCGUUAGCUUGAAGCUGCUAGUGAAAGCUAUCCCCAUGAGGACGUCAGGACUUGCGGUUUAAAUCACUCAUGAGUACGUUCACUGCGUAGUACGUCGUUCCUUGCGCAAACGAAUCACCCGUCCUACUAGUACAUCGCUCCUUAGCGGGUCACAAACGAAGUUCAAUGAACGAAUCACGCUUCAGAUUUUCAAUUCCUCAGUACACCAGUUCACAGAAUGAAUCACUCAAUUCACUUAAGUCCCUCCCCCGCCUGCACGGCACUGCCUGACGCUGGCUUCUCAUUGGUCAUUCGCCGAUGAUUCAGAAGUGAGUGACAGAACGCUUCAGAAGUUCCGUUUCCGCUCCCAGCCGACUCGCUCGACUCACGGCGGCGUCCUAGCUUAAAGAACGGUUCAGUUCGUCCACUAAAAAGAUUAGUUCUUCUGAACGAAACCU